AGAUCACGUGCAUUUCUCUGAACUAAGUGUUUUCUGUUUCAGACUGCGUAGUUUUGUGGGUGUUGUAAAGCACGGUGUAUUUGUGUUGACAGUGAAAAACCGAGCGUGUAAUGGCUGAAAGCAAGGAAAAUCGUGAAGAAGUUCUCACAUGCCCGAUAUGUGUGCAAACAUUCCGGAAACCCGUAACGUUACCUUGUCAGCACAGUUUUUGCAGGGAGUGUAUUGCUGUGUAUGCUGACAAGUCUAAACCUGGACAGACAGAUGAGGUCACCUGUAGCACGGGGAGUGAGGGUGUUCACCAGCUGAUCUCAUGCCCUGUAUGUCGGACACCAAUCAGUCUGGGAAGGGAAGGUGCGGCUGGUCUGCCUCCCAACUUUCACCUGGCAGAAAUAGUGGAGAGGUUCUCUUCUGCUGUGAAGGUUGAGGAUGACAUCCCAUAUUGUUCUCUGUGUGGUGAGGAUAAUCAGGCUAAAGCUGUCAAGUUUUGUACCGACUGUUGUUUACUGUAUUGUAAAGACUGUUUGGCUUCUUUUCAUCCCAUGAUGGGUGCUAUGAAGCGUCACUGGCUGAUUUCGUCCCAGGAGUACCUCUCUCUGGAAACCUCACAGCGACAGACCAGUGGCAGGGAUGAACAAUCAACUCAGCAGCCGUCAUGUCCAAAACAUGGUCAGCCAUUCGGCUUGUACUGUGUACCGUGCCGGCUGGUGAUCUGUAUGGGGUGUGUGGUUGACCAUCCGGAACAUGCUGUGCGGGAUAUACCAUCUGCAGCGGAGAAUGCCAAGCCAGCGGUCUUGAACAAGACCAGUGAACUGGAGAAAGUGCUACAAGAAACUAAAGAAUCACUGUCAGGAGUUACGAGGCUGUACAAUAAGAUACAGGAAACCCAGGAACUUCACACUCAAGAGGUAGAAAGGGCUUAUUGUGCAGCCUUGGAAGCCUUACAAGCCUGGAAACAACAGUCCUUAGAUGGCAUAAAAACCCGCUAUUCACAGUGGAGUGUGGAGUGUAGCGCCAUUCUCAAACAUUUCCAGCUACAGGCUCAGGAAAUGGAGAGGAUGGUCGAGGCUUCCAAUGAUUUAUUAGCGUCAACAGACGUCGAGUUUUUACAGGGUUCCACGGACUUCACCAAAACAAUUGAUGACCAGCUGAAUGAGAUAAAAGCAGAUCUGGAAAAACAUGAGGUCAGCAGACAGAAGCUUCUAAAUUCUGUACAACAUGACCAAGUUGUUACUAGACAGGUGACUGUGAAAGAGACAGUACAAGAACGUCAGGACUUAGAAGCAGCAGUCGGUGGGCAAAUGUCACCUCUACGUGUUACAAAGCCGACGCUGAGAUUCACAGAGACAGACGGCAGUGAGCUGAGAAUCAAUGACAGCGGCUGUGUGGUAAAGGCUGAGGGCUUGUCCUUGGAUGGGAGGUGGAGGAGAGCUGUGACAGACGGGCGUUACCAGACGGGCAGGUACUACUGGGAGAUACACAUCACCUGUUCACAUGAGUGUGGCUGUGCUGUAGGAGUGACACAGGAGAGCUAUGGCGUGAGGGGGAGGACAGUCCCUCGCCGUAACUCCUGGUACAUUGGGAUGGUGUACAGUGGUGAUGAGGUUGGGUGUUAUAGUCACAGUGGUGGUGGUGAGAUCAAACCUGACUAUCGACAGUGGAGACGUUACACACGACCUCAUCACGUGGGUGUGUACCUGGACUGUGAUGACCACACACUGACAGUCCUGGACUGUGACAACAACCAGGUAAUGUACACUGACAGUGAUGUUAUCGUCACAGAGCCUCUCGUGCCAUCGGUUGAGUUUGAUGUCUGGUCUGGAUCUGUGUCUGUGUCUGCUCGUCUGGUAACGGGUGACUUUGCAACUCUGCCUCCAGUUCUCUGUGAUAUGAUAAGCACUUUCUGACCAUCGGGUAAUUAUUCAUUACAUCUUUUCCAUCAUAUUAUAAUUUGUUGAAAUACACAGUUUUGUUAAGUCUUUUUUAAAAAAAGAAAAAAAAUGAUCAGUUUGUAGAUGUUUUAGUUAAUGUGAGCAGUGUGGCUAAUUCAGUAUGUAUAGCUUCUUCUGCAAAGUGGUCAGUGAUCUGUCACAAGCUUACAGCUUGGUUUAGUUAUACACAGUCUGUCUGACUUGUCCUGAACAUCAAUGUCAGUUUUCUUCCAGACAAAAUACAUGUAGAUAAUGACUAGGUAGUUUUAUUUUUAGUAAUGGUGACUUGUAAAUCAGCAUUAUCAGGAGUGUCACUGAGCAAAACAGGUCAGAGUUUAUACAUGACAAUACGUAUAGUGAACAUGUUACAUGUAGUAGGAUGUACAUUUGUGACAAAAAACCUUGUAGAAAUAAAUAACCAAUAGUCUGUAUAUAUAGAAUAGUGCACUUAUCACGUAACUAACCACAAAAUUGGGUUACACUUUGUCAAAACUGCUCUUGUUUGGUGCACUGGUCUCUUGUACCUAACUUCGUGGAAACUUGCCGCAGUAUUUCGCUCCACUGAAAAAAAAAAUGUUUUGCCUCUCACAGAACGCGAGUACCUCAAUAUCGGAUCUAACUAGCAAAAACAGGCUUUUUCCAAAUGAUUUUCUCAGAAAGUGGCUAAGGGUAUAGAAAAUUAUUUUUCUUACCAUGAUCGGGCCAGUACGUCAUAACCCAUGAGUGGUUUCAGAUUAAAUCGUAAAAACGGACCAGAUCAGAUUGACGUUGUUGUUGCAGCGCAUUACAAAAGAUAAUUCUGUUUUGAAUUCCGGUCGACCCUAUGUUGUCUGCAUGAUGAGGUUAAUCCUAUGCUGAACAAGAACUGUUUUAGGAUGC